CACCGAAUGGCCUCGCGUUCCGGCACAUCUACUCUGGCCAGCUAUGAGGUGAUCAUCAAGUCUCCUGUCGGGGACAGAUUAUACUAUAUCUAUAACAGCAACUGCCCAAAGCUUCUGGCUGUUGGCUGUCGCCCCUGGCAUCCCUUGCCGUGGUGCAUCCCUGCCCAGCCCGCCCUCCGUUCCUAGCCUCGCAUACCCUCCGCAGAAAUGAGACUUUCAACUGCUUUGGGCUUGGCGGCCCUGCUCGGCUCAGCUGCCAGCGCCACCCUCACGGGGCCGCCCGUCAUCCGGAAAGGGAAGCCACCACAGCAGGCGCCCAAAAUGUCUCUGGACGAGAUCCGUGCUGCACAGGCAACCGCCCGCGUUUCAUCCCCGACCUCCAACGUCAAGGGCGUUGCCUUUGACAGACUCAUCCAGAUAUGGCUUGAGAACACAAACUACAAGGCUGCUGCAGGCGAUGCCAACUUUCAGUGGCUUGCCAGCCAGGGGAUCCUCCUGACAAACCACUUUGGCGUCACGCACCCCUCUCAGCCCAACUACGCAGCUGCUGCCGCGGGCGACCACUUCGGUAUGGACAGCGGAGACUUCUUCAGGUUCCCCGAAAACAUCAGCACCGUGGUCGACCUGCUGGAUACCAAGUCCAUCUCGUGGGCCGCCUACCAGGAGCACAUGCCCUACGCCGGGUACCCGGGCUUCAACUUUUCCAACCAAAAGAACUACGCCAACGACUACAUGCGGAAGCACAACCCGCUCAUCCUGUUCGACAGCAUCGCCAACAACCCGGACCGGGCCUCCCAGAUCAAGAACUUCACCAGCUUCGAGCAGGACCUAAAAAACAAAAAGCUGCCGCAGUGGAUCUUUAUGACGCCCAACAUGACAAACGACGGCCACGACACCAACUACCGCUUCUCGGCCCGCUGGACCCGGUCCUUCCUCGAGCCGCUGCUCAAGGACCCGUACUUUAUGGACGGGACGCUCGUCAUGCUUACCUUUGACGAGAACGAGGUGUACCCGACGCAGAACCGAGUCUUCACCGUCCUGCUCGGCGGCGCCGUCGACGCGUCCCUGCGCGGCAGCCAGGACACCAUGUUCUACAACCACUACUCGUCCAUCUCGACUGUCUCGGCCAACUGGGGGCUCCCGUCGCUCGGCCGCUGGGACUGCGGCGCCAACAUUCUGUCCCUGGUCGCCAACAAGACGAGCUACCAAAACGUCAUGCCAGGCGGCGGCGACGCGGGCGCCGCCGCCCGCUCGCUCGAGUCGCUCUUCUUCAACGCGUCGUACCCGGGCCCGGCCUCCGACAAGCUCUACACGCCCGGCUGGUGGCCCGUCCCGGACACGAAGUCGACCUGCGCCGCCGGCAACGGCAUCCUGCCCGCCGUCGUCAAGGCCUGGUCCGCCCUCCCGGGGCCGGCCUACAACUACUCGGACGCAUUCCCCUACGACGACCGCUCCGGCUCCAACACGGCCGCCACCCGCGUCAGGGGCGGCAGGGCCGUCAACGCGGGCGGCGCGGGCCCCGCGCCGGGCGGCGGCGGCGCCUCGUCCUCGGACAAGCCAAAGGUCCACAACGCGGCCGGCAGGGCGGCGUCGGCGGGUGUGUCGUGCGUCGGGGGCGUGGCAUUAGUCGUGGCGGGCUUGCUGAGCUUGCUCUAAUUUUGUUUCUCCUUUGUUUUGAUAUUCCCCGUUUAUAGUCGGCUUACGAGCCCAUGAUUUCGCAUUGGAUAUUAGCAAGCAAGCAUCAUUCUGGAUACACAGCGCACAUGGCAGGGUCUGCCAGGCUGUUUUUUUUUUAGUUGUUUAUACUAGGGAUUAAUAGCACCCGAAAAGGGCAACCCUCUGCAUUUAUUUAAAGCGUCAUCCAUCCAAUUUCAUCACCGUGUCAACAUCAUCCUAGAAGUCGUAUUGAACCAACUUCCGUCUGUCGGCACAUGUUGGAUUGAAAGGCUGCGAGCCAAAAGGGUAUUUUCAGUGCGCCCAUUGUAUUAUAC